UUGUAACCAACACAAGACAAUAAACGCCCCAGCCAGACCGACCAUGUGACUUGUCAUUCUCUUAUUAAAUAACGCAAAAGAUACUACAGUGAGGAGCUUGCUCAGAGGAGGUGUUGCGUGCUGCGUGGCUGUAGGUAGAGGAAGGAGUUUGGGUCGGUCGGUGAUACGGAAAGAAGAGAGCAAUAGCUCUGAGAGUGCAAGAAGGGUACAGUACAAGGUAUGAACGGCAGAGAGAGAAAUUAAGGAGGCAAGAGCUGGAUUCAAAGACAGAUAAUAUAAAGGAUAGAGUGAAUCCAAGAGUCCACUUGUACAAAAUUUAGUUUGCAAGAAAUCGAGGAAAAAGAAACAGAAGCAUAAGCCACAGGAGAUUCAGAAACAGGACAAGUACAAGAAGAGGACAGCUUUGUAGAAUCUAAGAAUAUGAAAAGUGAGAUGUCUCCAGAUGAUCUCCCAAUACCUGAGAUUCCAAAAUGUCUGCAGACUCGUACAGUAACCAAAACAAUUAUGUCUUUUGCCGAUGCAAAGGAAUAUCAUCGUUACCGUCAAGCAGCUCAUGCCUGUAUCUGGGCACCACAGGAAGGCAGUUCCAACUUUGGCGAGUUACGAGCAGCAGUCAUGAUGCAUCUACGCUUUGAUGGCACCUUCGGUUUUCCUGGUGGUCUCAUAAACUCAGGAGAGGAUAUAGUAGAUGGUCUAAACCGGGAAAUGGCUGAAGAGAUUGGCUGGUCACCAACUGAGCAUCCUGUUACGUGGUCAGAUUACUACAAUACUCAGGUGGAACACAACAAGAAUUUGCUGCUACACUUCUUCAUCAAGAAAAUAACCCUCGACCAGUUCACUGCUCUCGAAAAAAUGUGUCCAACAGCACCAGAAUAUGGUGAUGAGGUACUUGGCUCUGUGCGUGUUCCACUUUAUACAAUGGGAAACAUGUACUCGGGAUUACCAGCCUUUCUGAACAACAGGUUUGUUGGUACAGCAAAACAACAGUUGCUCUUGGCUGUGCAUCAUGUGAAAAUUUUGACAGAAGUUGAGAUAAAUGAAGUUAUGUACAAGAGUAAUAAUCUUAAACUUGGUCCUAAUAGAAUUUAGUCAGUAUGCUCUUUGAUGAUGUGUUCUCCAUUUCUCUGUUGUUAACAAAAAUACAUAAUUGUGAUAUUUUUUGUUGGUACCUUUUAUUAUCUAAAAAAUGUAACCCAAUAAAUAGUUUGAAGUGAAGUAUACUGACCAAAAAAUAUCCAACUCCUGGAGAUGUAGACUGUAAGAAUGUUUUUUAUUAUGGUUUCAAUAGAGAUAUAAUUGUUGUACUGUUAAACAUAGUGGGAAUGAAAGUUAAUGUAACUCAAAUGUUGUGAGGUCAGAAGGUUUUAAGGAAUAGUUCAACCUUGAUUUAGCUGAUGAAUUAUGGUUUUGUUUGUGAGUAAUGUAGAUUGUGUUCAGACUGAAACUUAGGAGUACUGGUGUACCCCGAUAACCGAUGCAUAUAGGGACCGGGAAAAGUCAUUGAAUAGUAAAUCAAUGGUUAUCAAAGCAUUUAAUCCGAUAAGAACAUAAUAAAUUCAGGGGAUUAGGGACCGGCCACCCUCCAAAAUCUCCCAUCUACUCUUGAUAUAUAUAUCUGUCAUGCAAAAUGUCAAGCAAGAAA